AUGAAGCCAGCCGCACACGGUGCUAUGUCGCCGCGCUCGGUAGAGUUUCGAGCCCUUAUUCCCCAGUCUCGUGCUGCACUGGACCCUCAACGCCUCGCGCCUGCAGUUCGCGCUAGAAGCCAAACCCGCCAGUGGGGCCGAGGCCGGCUGGUUCUCCGUCCAUUGUUCACUCUCUUCCCUCUUGCCCAUCCCCAACCUCCCGUUCUCUUCCCCAUUUCCCCUCUCCUUCCCCCCUCCUUACCCUCCUGUCCCCACUGUCUCCCCACGCUCCCUCCCCCGUCUCUCUCUCCCCCUAGCCUCGUGCUGCACUGGACCCUCAACGCCUCGCGCCUGCAGUUCGCGCUAGAAGCCAAACCCGCCAGUGGGGCCGAGGCCGGCUGCUCUUCAGCUGAUUCUGCUCCUGCUGAUCCUUCUGCUCUUCCUGCUCCUCCUGCUCCUGCUGAUCCUUCUGCUCUUCCUGCUCCUCCUGCUCCUGCUGAUCCUUCUGCUCUUUCUGCUCCUCCUGCUCCUGCUGAUCCUUCUGCUCUUCCUGCUCCUCCUGCUCCUGCUGAUCCUUCUGCUCUUCCUGCUCUUCCUGCUCCUCCUGCUCCUGCUGAUCCUUCUGCUCUUCCUGCUCCUCCUGCUCCUGCUGAUCCUUCUGCUCUUCCUGCUCCUCCUGCUCCUGCUGAUCCUUCUGCUCUUCCUGCUCCUCCUGCUCCUGCCCGCAGGUUCUUUCUAUCCCAAGACUACGUCCACCUCAAACCUUCUCCAACCAACCCUCUCCUGCUUGCAGGUUCUCUCAAUCAGAAGGAGACAGAGGGCCCAUACCAGUUCGCCCGGUCAGAAGGGGACGGAGGGGCCGUACCAGUCAGCUUCACUGGCGCCAACAGCCUCAUCUGGGUUCCCUCCCUUUCCUCCCAACCUCACUCCUCCUCAACCCCUAUCCCACCAACCCACCCCCUCCUAUCUGCAGGUUCGCCCGGUCAGAAGGGGACGGAGGGGCCGUACCAACUCAAUGAGUGCGCCUGCCCUUAUGCCACCGUCUUCUCCCCCCCCCCCUCCCUCUCCCCGUUCCCCCCAACCCCAACAACCAGAGGUUCAAUGAAUGUGGACUUCACGUGUCAGACUGCACCUGCUGCUGGCACCUCAAGCUCAGAUGAUGACGACAAUGAUGACGACGGCAAUGGGGGUGAUGAUGAUGAUGAUGAUGACGACGACGAUGAUGAUGGUGAAGAGGAGGAAGAUGAGAACCAAUCAUCGGGGUCCACGUCAGCAGCAGCUGCUGCGUCUGGGAGUGGCAGCCAGGCGUGCCAGCCGUCCACCCUGCCGGGUUAUUCCUGCUCCGUGCAGCUCAAGGGAAAAGAAAUUCUCAAAAGUCACUCUCAGCAAUCCGCCCCCCUUCUCUUUUCUCCCCCCAUCCACUUCACGACUCCUGUUAGUUUCAUCCUCCAUUGGAAGACCGGGGCAAACACAGUAGCAAUGGCUGCUGACGUGGCGACGUCUGGUUGGGUGGCGAUCGGAUGGUCCAAGAGCAGCAAGAUGUACCCCGCUGACGCAGCCAUUGGGAAUCUGCCACCUGGCACUCUUGCCAACGGGGCGGCGGUGGGAGCCUAUCACAUGAGCGGCUACGGCCUGUCUGACCUUAGAGCAGCCCCUCUCAGUGGAAUCGGUCCCAAUCAGCAGCAAUGGCGCCACCAGGAGAGCACAGCGCACCCCUCCCACUCUCCCCAUCCCCCAUCCUUACCUCCCCCCCGCGCCCCCAGCUUCGAGCGCCCACUCUCAGUGGCUCCGACCGGCCAGUUUCGCUUCGAGCGCCCCUUGUCAGUGGGUUCUGUCCCAUUCAGCAGCAGCGGCGCCACCAGCGUGCUCUGGGCCUUCUCAUGGUCUAAGCCCGACCACCCCUCCCCCUUCCCCCAUCUUAUCCACCCUUCACCUCCCGCCCACAGCUUCGAGCGACCCCUCUCGGUGGGUUCUGUCCCCAUCAGCAGCAGUGGCGCCACCAACGUGCUCUUCGCAUUCUCUCGCCUCGCCUUGCCUCCCUCCUGUUCAACUCUGCCUACUUUUUGUCCCCCCGUGGCUUCACCUCACCUCACACAAUUGCAGCUUCGAGCGACCCCUCUCACUUCGAGCGACCCCUCUCAGUGGGAGCGGUCCCCAUCAGCAGCAGCGGCGCCACCAGCGUGCUCUGGGCCUUCUCUCGCUCCGACUCGCAGCAACUGGACGACCACGGGCCAAAUGAGUGAGUGGGCCAGCUUAAAAGGGGGGGCAUAUCCGUUCUGUGUUCGAAAAGUGAGUGACAUGCUAGCAUGGGUGGGCACCAGCGUGCUCUGGGCCUUCUCUUGCUCCGACUCGCAGCAACUGGACGACCACGGCCCCAACGACAUUGGGACGACCACGGGCCAAAUGAGUGAGUGGCAUGUGCUGGGGAGAAAGGGGCUUGCUUGGCCCAACCAGUCGGUUGCAGGCAUGGGAAGCCAAAAGGCCUUCUCAUGCUCUGACUCGCAGGAAUUGGCCGAUUACGGGCCCAACGAGCGCCUCAAUACUGUUGUGUUUGUCUCACCUCGCCUCCCUUUGAGGCGCCUCAAUACUGUUGUGUUUGUCUCACCUCGCCUCCCUUUGAGGCGCCUCAAUACUGUUGUGUUUGUCUCACCUCGCCUCCCUUUGAGGCGCCUCAAUACUGUUGUGUUUGUCUCACCUCGCCUCCCUUUGAGGCGCCUCAAUACUGUUGUGUUUGUCUCACCUCGCCUCCCUUUGAGGCGCCUCAAUACUGUUGUGUUUGUCUCACCUCGCCUCCCUUUGAGGCGCCUCAAUACUGUUGUGUUUGUCUCACCUCGCCUCCCUUUGAGGCGCCUCAAUACUGUUGUGUUUGUCUCACCUCGCCUCCCUUUGAGGCGCCUCAAUACUGUUGUGUUUGUCUCACCUCGCCUCCCUUUGAGGCGCCUCAAUACUGUUGUGUUUGUCUCACCUCGCCUCCCUUUGAGGCGCCUCAAUACUGUUGUGUUUGUCUCACCUCGCCUCCCUUUGAGGCGCCUCAAUACUGUUGUGUUUGUCUCACCUCGCCUCCCUUUGAGGCGCCUCAAUACUGUUCUGUUUGUCUCACCUCGCCUCCCUUCCACUCCCCCCUUCUCCACCUCCCACGCCCCCCAUUUCCUGCUCACUAGCCGCCAGAGGCUCCUUUAG